AUGGCUUCUGGAGUACCACAAUUCUCUGAUGAUGUCCAAAGAGAAAUCUUGUCCUGGCUUCCCGUGAAGAAUCUGCUAAUAUUUCGGAGCGUUUCCAAGACAUGGAAUUCCCUCAUCUUGCAUCCUACAUUUGUCAAUUUACACCUUGAAAGAUCCCCCAAGAACACCAAUGUCCUAAUCACAUUCUGCAUAAAUAGGCCGGACAUCCAUUACGAUGAAGACGACGACGAACACGACUACUACAAAGAUGGCAAGAUCUGUGUCGGCGCUGUACCACGUUCUAUACGGUCUCUAAUUUCAAACCCGUUGUCCGCUCUUAACAACAUACGCCGUUUGUUAUGGAAUCCGCCGCCAACCAUUUAUGAUGGCCUUUUCUUAUUUAAUUCCGGCUUUUUUGUAUUGGGUGUAUGCAAUGGAUUGAUUUGUCUACGUUUUAGUUCUGGCGAAGGAGAAUGUCAAGAAUUUUGGGUUCGAUUUUGGAACCCCGCCACUAGGAUUAAGUCUGUACAAUCCCCACGUUUACGUGUCAAUAGUUUCAAAGGCUUAAUUGGCUAUACCAUGAAGUUUGGGUUUGGGUAUGAUGAUUCGAGUGAAACUUACAAGGUGGUGGCCACCAUUUUCUAUUAUAAAUCAAAGAUUUGGGAGAUGUGGGUUUACUGCACGGGUGAGACUUGUUGGAGAAGGGUUUUAACUGGUUCUUCUGAUUUCCCCUCUUUCCAAAUAGAAAAUGGAGCCUUUGCGAAUUGCUCGCUUAACUGGUUAGCACUUCGAACCUCUCUCAGUUCUGAUCCUCUAAUGAACACAGUUACUGACAACGGAAACCAUUUAGUGAUUUUUUCGUUUGAUAUGAAGGAUGAGACAUACAAGUAUAUGUCGAUACCUGAUGGUCUUUCCGAAGUCGUUUAUAACAAGUGUUAUCUUGGUGUUUUGAAUGGUUGUCUUUGUCUUUCUCAUGACCACGACGGAACCUAUUUCGUUCUUUGGGAAAUGAGAACCCAAAAUUCUUGGACUCAGUUGCUAAAAGUCAAAUAUGCGCAUCUUCAAAUUUCAUCUGAAGCACUUGUCUUGUGUUUACCUUUGUGCAAGUCUAAAAAUUACGAUAUUACGUUGCUGACAGAAUUUGGACGUGCACAUUUUGUUCUGCUUGAUCAGGAAGAUGACACAGAAGAUAAUUUUGAAAGUUUCAAAAGCGAACUCCAAUAUUACUCAACGUUUCUAUCUUUUGAUUACGUUGAGAGUUUGGUUAUGCCGGUUCAAAUUUAA